CUCUGCAACUCGAAAGCUUCAUCUUCAAGCCUUAAAGUGAAAUCAUGGUUUGUAUCUCAUCAGGGAAUUGGCAUCUCCAAUUUCCAAAGGUUAACUUCAUUCUGUUUGAGGUCUCAAUAAAUUUCUUGCUUUUAGUCCUUUCUGCAACAUCAUUGAGCUUCAACUUUCCCAGUUUCAAUGAUUCAGUAUGGGAUACUACCAUUAAGCACCAGACAGAUGCAAUAUUCUCCGGUACAAUCGUCGACCUCACAGACAACCGUGAACGUAGUACGGGUAGAGUGUUGUAUAAUGCUCCAGUUCCGCUCUGGGACAAGAAGACGGGAAGCUUAGCAAACUUCACCACUCAUUUCUCCUUCACCAUCAAAAACUCUCCAUACGCCAACUGCAGUGCAGACGGGCUUGUUUUCUUCCUUGCUCCCUAUGGUUCUGUAAUCGAGGGUAUAAUGGACAAAAAACGUGGAGCUGAUGGAUAUGGAGGUGGUGGUCUUGGUCUUUUCUAUGCCGCUCAUAUAGAAAUCGAAACCCCAAUCAUUGCAGUCGAGUUUGAUACUUUUGGGAAUCGAUGGGAUCCAGAUUCCAAUCAUAUAGGUAUUAACAUCCAUUCCAUCGUAUCUGUAAACACUAGCUCAUGUAAUAGUAGUCUUUGGGAUUUGAUGAGAACUAAUGGUAUCCCUUGGGAGGCUACGGUUUCUUAUGAUUCAAGUUCCCAUAACUUGAGUGUUAUAUUGAGUUGUUCUAAUAAAUUUGUUUCAACUGAGAUCUGUAGCCUUAACUAUAUUGUUAAUCUGAGGGAUCAUCUUCCAGACAAGGUGACUAUUGGGUUUUCAUCAACCACUGGAGUAGGCUUCGAGCAACAUCAGCUCAACUCCUGGGACUUCAGUUCGAGUUUGGUAAUUGAUAAAUCGCAUACUAAGAUUGGAAUGGUGGUUGGAUUGGCUGUGGGUGGAGCUGCCAUGAUUAUUAUCUUGGGUUUGUUUGGUUUUUUCAGGAGGAGAAAGAAUCAAGAAAAUAAAGCAGAUGAUGAGUUGGUCCUCUUAGAUGUGCCCACUGGACCUAGGGAGUUCUCUUAUGCCGAAUUGGCUGCAGCAACUAGUAAUUUCGAUGACAAACAAAAGCUGGGAGAGGGAGGAUUUGGAGGCGUUUAUAGAGGCUUCAUGAGUGAUCUCAACAUUGAUGUUGCUGUGAAAAGGAUCUCUAAAGGAUCUAGACAAGGGAUGAAGGAGUAUGCAUCAGAGGUGAAGAUCAUUAGUCGAUUGAGGCAUAGGAACCUCGUACACCUUGUUGGUUGGUGCCAUCAACGGAAAGAACUACUUCUUGUGUAUGAGUUCAUGCCCAAUGGAAGCCUUGAUUCCCAUCUAUUUCGAAAUAGGGGUUCCUUGACAUGGGAGUUAAGGUACAGGAUAGCUCUUGACUUAGCCUCUGCAUUACAGUAUCUGCAUGAAGGGUGGAAUCAAUGCGUCAUCCACAGGGAUAUUAAAUCCAGCAAUGUAAUUCUAGAUUCCAACUUCAAUGCUAAACUUGGGGAUUUCGGUUUGGCUAGGCUUGUGGUUAAUGAGAGAGGGUCACAAACAAGGACUCAAACAACCGAUAUAGCUGGUACCAUGGGAUACAUGGCACCUGAAUAUGUCAUUACUGGGAAAGCUAGCAAAGAAUCUGAUGUCUAUAGCUAUGGAAUUGUUCUCUUAGAAAUUGCUUGUGGGAGAAAGGCCAUUGAGAAGAUGGUUGACUCAAGUGAAAUAAGUUUGGUAGAAUGGGUUUGGGAACUCUAUGGAAGAGGAAAACAUCUGGAAGCGGCUGAACCAAGUCAAGGUAUGGAUCCUGAGAAGCAAAAAAUAGAGUGCAUGAUUGUUGUUGGGCUAUGGUGUGCUCAACAAGAUUACAAUCCCCGACCUUCUAUUGGGCAAGCUAUUAAUGUUCUCAAAUUGGACGCUCCACUGCCCAUUCUCCCAUUUCGUGGGGUGCCUGUUCCUUCACCAUUCUCGAUUACAUAAUCCCAUGGUUGUGCAGAAUGUGAUACAAAUCUACCGAACGUUUGUCCAGCAACUACGCUGCCACUGAUUUCUGUGUGUUAAACAAGUCAUCCCUUUAAUCUUCUCCCUCGGCAUCGAUCUUGCGUAAUACAUGUUAAGCAGAAUGUAAUGUAUUAAGUUUAAGAUUGCAGUUCUCUCCCCCCC